CCCCUUUCACCCUCCCCUGGCUCUCCCUGCUCCAUGGCACGUCUCUAGCCCCUCUUUUGGUCCCUCUCUCCCCUCCUUGCCUGUUUAUUUUUAGGUCAUUGGCGGCGAGCUCUAGGUAAUCCCCAGGCUGAAGUUCCAAGGGGGCGGGGCCCAACUGGGGGCGGAGUCGCCUUUUCUUUUAAACCCGCGACUAUAAAUCCAGUUUAAGGGGAAGCGGGAUCUCAGAUGAGCAGCCCGGACCCAAGUCGGCUAGGGGAGCGAGGGGGUGGGGCCCAAGGCGGCCGCGGCCGCAGCUGCCCAGCUGCGCCGCGGCUCGCCGGCAGGCUCCACUCCCUCCUGGUUCACACCUUGGGCUUUCUUACCCAGGUGGCCGCCUGCUGUUUCCUGGGCCCGCGCUUCCUGGCCACAGCGGUGACGCUGUGGCUACUGGACUUCCUGUGCAUCCGCAAGAAGGUGCUGAUGAGAAGCCGGCGCGAAGGAGACACUGAGGAGCCUCGCAAGGCGGGCAAAGGCGGGGGUGGGGGUAUGGGAGAUGAGGAGGAUGGGGCAGCUGUUAUCCAGAGCCCCGGGCUACCCCCGGAUGACCCACCUGUCUGGGUCUCUGACUCCAAUCGGCUCUGCACUCUAGAGUCUCUGAAGGCUGUCUGGCACGGACAAAAGAUGGACUUCUUCAAGACUGCCCGCAAGGGCUCUCUAGCCCCCAAUCCCGAGGUCAUCCAGCUGGAUGGUCUAAAAAGACUGCGCAUCCUAGACUUCGCCCGGGGCAGCCGGCCACUGGUCCUCAACUUCGGCAGCUGCACCUGACCCCCGUUCAUGGCGCGGCUGCGCGCCUUCCAGCGCCUCGCUUCCACCUUCCUAGACAUCGCCGACUUCUUGCUUGUCUACAUCGAAGAAGCCCACCCUUCCGACGGCUGGGUCAGCUCGGAUGCAGCCUACGACAUCCCCAAGCACCAGUGCCUUCAGGACCGGCUGCGGGCCGCCCGGCUCUUACAAGAGGGCGUCCCGGGAUGCCUGCUCGCGGUGGACACCAUGGACAACGCGUCCAGUGCAGCCUACGGUGCCUACUUUGAGCGGCUCUACAUCAUCCAAGAUGCCCGAGUCAUGUACCAGGGGGGACGAGGCCCCGAGGGCUAUAAGAUCUCAGAACUGAGGCACUGGCUUGACCAGUACAAAGACCGCCUGCAGAGCCCAGAGGCCUCUGUGGUCCUACCUGUGUAAUUGACUGUUUCCAAAACAAAGAACCCUAAACAAACGUGCAUUUGACGAUUCUCAAUCACAGAAAGUGACAGUUACACAAAAGAAGGGGGAGGGGAGAAUUAACCCAUGGGGGGAGGGGGCCCAAGGGAGAAAACACCUCUCUUCCCUCCUCCUCCAAUUCCGUUUUUCUCUCGUUUAUUUUUCUCCACUUUGUUGACGGCAGUGCGAACAUUGUAUAUGUUACGCGUGUGCAUGCGUGUGUAAACCAGUGUAACUCUGUGAAUGCCCAUUGUUUCCCGCAGAGAGAAGACACCCCUGCCACCUGGGACACCUCGACCUCUACCCGGCCAACCCCUGCUUGCUUGGGAAUUAAAAAAAAAAAAAAAGAAUUGAGUCCUAAAAGUGUGAAGAAUUGUACUGCCAAGUAUCCCGAUGUGUGACUCUGUAAUCUCUGCUCGCUGGUUCGCUGGCCUGUGUGUGUGCGCGCACGCGUGUGAUCCGAUGUCUCUCGGUGUGUGACUUUUUAAAGAGGCGUUUGGGCUGACCCUGCUCCUCCCAGCCCGCAUCUCUUCUUUGUUUCUACCUAUAUUGUAUUGCCCUGAUUCUUUCCGUCUCGUAAUCUCCUGAGGGAGGUGUGUGUAUGUAUGUUUGUGAACGUGUGUAUGGGGAAGGGGUUGGGGGUCGGGGGUCGGGAAGAAGAGAGGACUUGGCGGGGAAGGCGGGUUGGGCUGAGCGCGAAGGGAGUGUCUAGUUAGCUUUUUCUCAUCUCGGUUCUGGCACUUCUUUGGUCCCUCUGGUAGUGACGACCUGUUUCGAAUUGGUCCCAGACCAGGAAACCGUGUCUGAUAUUCUUAGCGACCUAGAAGUGCCCUAACCGCGAGAGAAAAAGACGAGUGUUUAACGUAUUUAUAAAAAUGAUAAGGACAGCUAGGUUUGGGGUGGGGGUGGGGGGCUUUCAGAUGGGAUUCGAUAGUCUUGGAAUCUUGGAAUGGGGCGGGGGGUGGGAGGGUUCCUGAGCCAGGUUGGGGAUCUUGGGGACAUUGCUCUCGAGCGUAUUUGGUUUGGAGAACCUAGCUUGGGGAUCGAACGAUUUUAGAUCCCUGGUUUGAUGGGUAUUCACCUGGUUCUGCUGUAUUGUGGAAAGAAAUGGUUCCUCAUGCAACUCAGCUGUCCCUUGUUUAAGGAUGAAUGAGGGGAGGAGUCACCCCUUUGGUAUAAAAUGAGGGCCCCCCACCCCGCCCCCCGCUUGAAGCUCAUUUGCAUGUACACUUGGAAAGAUCUCCGAUUUGAAGUAAUUUGGGAAGAACAUCUUGUCUGAAGUAAAAGGGAACUGGGAAUCCUCGUUAAGAUGUAAUGGGAAAUCCCUGGUUUUAAGUAAUUUGCAUGGUCUGGAUUUGAGGGAAAGCUCAGGUUUAGUGUGGUUUGGGAAGAAUCUUCUCUUGGAUGUAACUGGAGGGAUCCCUUCCUGAUGUACUUUAAACGAGGAGAACUAACCCAGCGUAGGGGUGGGGCACUUUAGGGGCAGUUUUCCUGCUUUGGCAUACUUUGAAGAAGAGAUCCCUAAUUUGAUAUUAUUUCCAUGUGAAAGGCUGGAAGGGUAUCAUCCACCGACCUGUGUUUUGGAAGGACUUUAAAGCUUCCCCCACUUUCGUGUUUGGGCUUCACUGGGCAUGGGGGUGGGAAAGAUCUAUCAUUUCAUGUAAUUUAGGGUUUAAUCCCUAGUCUGAAGUAAAUUGUGGAGUUUGGGGAUUGCUGGGUUUGUGACCAGAGGGAUCUCUAAUCUGGUAUAGGGUUAAGAGUUCUCCUGUCUGGUGUGAUGGGAUAAUCUGUGGUUUUCCUGUGGAGGGAUCCCUGAUAUGGCAUAGUUGGGAAGAGGAGGUUCCAGUUUGAUUGGGGAGGCCCCUGGUUUGGGAGGAGAGACCUCAUAUUGGCGUCUUGUUUGUUAAGUUGUUCAUUAUUUGAACUUCUUUUCUGUACAAAAAAAAAUAAAGAUUUGGAAUGAAAUACA